AUGACUACGAACAUACAUUCCACGCAUUCUAUUCGCGAAAUCUUUUUCCGUACAUUUGCGCGAUAUCUCUUAGCCGGAAGACGAGGCACCCCUCAUUUCCUCUCAAUGCCUGCCAAAAUAAUUAUUCUCGCCGGUGCCCCCGCUCCGUCGACGGUGAAUCUGUCAUCUUGCGUCGACGACAUUGGCAAAGCCUCGCGAUGCUUUGACGCGGAAGGCGAGUUCGAGCGGCGAGAUUCACGCCCCGCCUGGCGGUCCUUAUCUCUGAUACGAAAGCCUCUCCACACGGGCUUCAGCUUGGUUCAUGACGUUCACGACACACCCUUUCAAGGAAGCGCCACCUUCUUCACGACGGCCGACGUGUGCGUCGAAGGCUCCCGGCUACCUCCGGGAAGCGAUGCCGAUGCAGUCAUGGCACAGUUCUUUGAGCAGACCCUAGCGGAGCAUGGGACGGACUCUUCGCCCCCGCCGGAGGAUAGCUUCGCGACGGACGACGCAACGUCGAUGCUGACGGCGUCCUCUGCCGACAUCACUCACACCUACACGGAUUCGAUGCCGCCGCCGCCGGCCCCGCCGGCCCUAUCCGACCUAAAGGACGUUCCCGCCGCGAGUCGCAUCGCGGCGUUGCAGCCACAGACGCUGACGCUGAACCUCAUCGUCGGCGUCAUCUCCAUCGCCCAACCGCGGACCGUGACGACGCGCUGGGGCAAGCCCCUCUCCCUGGUCGAGGUCCUCGUCGGCGACAACACGGCCACCGGUUUCGCCAUCACCUUUUGGCUGUCCAGCGAGGACGCCGACAGCAGCGUGCUGAAGCUGAGGAGGCAGGAUGUCGUGCUCGUGGAGAAGGGGAAUGACGCGCGUCAGCCUCCUGUGGCGACAGGACGGGAGCGGGCGCUACUCGACGAGGAGCCUCGCCAGCAAGAGGAUGGCGGCCGCGGAGCGUCCACAGCAGGAGAAGGCGCGCCUCGUCAAGGACUGGGUCCUUUGCUUCGUCGGAAGGGAUUCGGGCGCGACGACGAGGAGGAGCUUGCGCAGAUCGUGGAACAGACCUCCAGACGACACGCAGUAGACGCGAGCGUGCGGACUGCAGUCAAGCAAUCCGACAAGCCCAGCCGACGACUGCUCUCCCUCUCGUGGUAG